AUGGAGGGGAAAAAAGGAGGGGCAGUGGUUUUCCAUACGUUAAUCCUCAGUUAUCAAACACCGAGUCAACCUCCCUCCACAGUGUCCACGGCCAGCUCAAUCCGCAUCGACGCGCUGCCGCCCUUCAAGCUCGACCUGGGCGACCGCGCGUGGACGUCGGUGCCGCACCCGACGCUGCCGCUGCUGGCUACGACGCACGACAAGGCCGCCACCGUCUUCUCGCUGGCCACGUUCGCCAAGCACAGCGCGCUGACGGGCGGCCACGCGCGCUCCGUGCGCUCCGCCGCCUGGCAGCCCGGCCGCGAGACCGCGCCGCCGCGCCUUGUUACCGGGAGUUUUGAUGCCACUGCCGGUCUGUGGAGCUGGAAUCCCGCUGCUGCCGUCAAUAGUGGCGGGGGUGGGGGCAGGCUGGAGACGGAGGUCAAGGCUGUGGCUAAGCGGUCGGGGAGUGGUGGUUCAGACGAAGAGGAAGAGGAAGAGGAGGAUGAGUGGAUCUUCAAUCUCGUGCUCGAGGGCCACGACAGCGAAGUCAAGGGCGUGGCGUUCUCGCCGUCGGGGCAGUACCUGGCGACGUGCAGCCGGGACAAGUCGGUGUGGAUCUGGGAGGACGUGAGCGCGGGCGCGGGCGGGGACGGCGACGACGGUGAAGACGAGUGGGAGACGGUGGCGGUACUGAGCGAGCACGACGGCGACGUCAAGGCCGUGGCGUGGUGUCCUGACGUGCCCGGGCGGCGGAGUACUGGCAGCGGCACUUACAGCGCCGACGUGCUGGCCAGCGCGAGCUACGACGACACUGUGCGCAUCUGGCGCGAGGACGCCGACGGCGAGUGGGUGUGCGUCGCCGUGCUCGAGGGCCACGACGGCACCGUGUGGGGUCUCGAGUGGGAGCAAAAGCCGCGCCCCGGCGGCAGGUUCCCGCGGCUGCUCACCUUCUCGGCCGACGCGCGGAUCCGCAUAUGGACGCUGCGGCAGGGCGAGGCCGAUGGCGAGAAAGCAGAUGGCGAGAACGCCAGCAGCCACCCCAUGUUCCAGUCCGGGUUCGGCGGUCUCCCCAACACCAUGCGUCGGUCCCUGCGCGAGGAGUGGGACUGCACGGCGGUGCUGCCCCAGGCGCACACGCGCGACAUUUACUCGGUGACGUGGAGCGCCGCUACGGGCAUGGUUGCCAGCACCGGCAGCGACGGCGUCAUUGCCGUCUACGGCGAGGAUCCCGCCGCCGCCAAGCAGACAGCACCACAAACGACAGACGGAGCAGAUGCCACCGCGGCAGCAGCAGCAGAUGCAGCAAACGGCUGGCGGCUGCUGGCCACGGUAACCGACGGCCACGGCGGCUACGAGGUCAACCACGUCACGUGGUGCAAGCGCUUCGAUCCGGGGACGGACCACAAGGGCGAGGAGGAGAUGCUGGUGACGACGGGCGACGACGGCGUGGUGCGGCCGUGGCAGGUCAGGGCAGUGUAG